UCUCGUAAAUGCGCGGAAAGAAAAACCAGAACACUGACCGCAUUCGCGGGAACAACCAGAAGCAUUCGCGGGAAGGAGAGAGAGAGAGAGAGAGAGGAAUUCCAUCCAUGGCGUAUACCAGAAUCGUUCUCCAUUCGUUUCCAUUGCUUCAUGUCUUUCUCCUAUUUCAUCUCUCCAUUGCCGCCGAUGACGUUUCCCACGGCAACGAUUCUUCUAAGUGCAAUAACGAAUACAAUACGGUUCUGGUGAAGAAUUGGGUGAAUGGUAUUGAAGGGGACAAAGUGAUUGGAUUAAAUGCUUUAUUUGGUGCUACCUUGCCAACUCGCGAUACUGGAAGCCUCAGAAAGCCUACUGUUUUGACAAAUCCUUUCAACUGUUGUGAAAGUUCUUCUUCAAAGCUAUCCGCUUCUAUUGCCUUGUCUCAGCGUGGAGACUGUGACUUCACAACCAAGGCACAGGUUGCGCAGUUAGGAGGUGCAGCUGGCUUGAUGGUGAUAAGUGAAAAUGAAGAAAUUUUCCAAAUGAAUUGCCCUAGUGAUGCUGCUCCCUUAAAAAUCACAAUUCCAGUUGUAAUGAUCUCAAAGUCAGUAGGGGACAGUAUGAAGGAUUCAUUGGCCGCUGGAGAGAGGGUGGAGGUUCUGCUCUAUUCUCCAGACCAGCCAAUUAUGGACUUUUCUGUGGUCUUCUUGUGGCUCAUGUCUGUUGGAACCCUUGUUUGUGCUUGUCUUUGGUCUGAUAUUGUUUCAUGCAAGCAGAGUGAGGACCGUUAUAAUCAACUUACAAUAAAGGACCCAUCUAAGGCUGAAACAGCCAACAAAGAUGAUUCGGAGGAAAUACUAGAUAUAAAUGCAAAGGGAGCUGUGAUUUUUGUUAUAAUGGCAUCUGCGUUCCUACUGUUACUAUAUUUUCUUAUGUCUUCCUGGUUCGUUUGGGUCCUGAUUGUGAUGUUUUGCAUUGGUGGUACUCAGGGGUUGCAUGCUUGCUUGGUGUCACUGAUUACAAGAAUGUGCAGAGGCUGUGGACAAAAGACAACUAAACUUCCUGUUAUUGGGGAGGCUCCACUUCUAUCUGUUGUGCUUUUCCCAUUCUGUGCAGCAUUUGCCAUUUUCUGGGCUGUAAAUCGAAACACCUCUUAUGCGUGGAUUUGUCAAGAUAUUCUCGGAAUUUGUUUGAUGAUAACCGUCUUGCAGUUGGCUCGAUUACCAAAUAUCAAGGUUGCUGCAGUACUUCUCUGUUGUGCUUUUUUCUAUGAUAUUUUUUGGGUUUUCAUAUCACCACUUAUAUUCCAUGAAAGUGUUAUGAUUGCGGUUGCUCGUGGUGACAAUAGUGGUGGAGAAUCCAUUCCCAUGCUUUUGAGAAUCCCUCGAAUUUUUGAUCCUUGGGGUGGGGACAAUAUGAUUGGAUUUGGGGACAUUCUCUUCCCUGGCUUGAUUGUUUCAUUUACACGCAGAUAUGACAAAGAAACUAAGAAGGGCAUAUUUAAGGGAUAUUUCCUAUGGUUGGUAAUUGGCUAUGGAUUUGGGCUCUUUUUUACAUAUCUUGGUUUAUAUCUGAUGGACGGACAUGGUCAACCUGCACUAUUGUACCUUGUUCCAUGUACAUUAGGUGUUGCUGUCAUAUUGGGUUUGGUGAGAGGCGAGCUGAAAGACUUGUGGAACUUUGGCGAUGGCCCAUCACAGGAUGCUUCUGGAGAAGCUUGAAGCAUCAAACCAUUCAUAUGUCCAAAACAAUGAUAAAGGGGUGGGCAAGACAAUGUAGGAAGCAACCUGCAGACCUGGUAAAAACACUCAUUCUGCAUCCUAACAAUGAUCAAAGAUCCAUUCACAUGAGGAAGACCUUCCAAUGGAAGAAAACUAGUGCAUGAGACAUGAAGAGUGGAGCAAAAAGGUGAAGGUAUGGCGAGAGCCUUGUAGUUGAUUCCACAUGUGCAGUGCUUUGUAUAAAUUUUCUGCUCUAAAGCAAGAUUUCAGUUAUUGGGACUUCUAUUUCCAUUAUGGGUAUUGUAAUAUUAGACCCAAAUACAAUUUGAACCAUUUUUUUCAUUGAAUUAUUUUGUAAGAACGUCUUUUGUAUGUUAAAAUACUGUGUGAGAUAGCGCAGUCUGGCUCCA